UCACUGCUACCUAUUACAGCCAUGGCAGCAGGACCCAUUGAAUUGGUAGCUCUGGGGAGAUCUAUGUUUCCUGGUAUGCUUUAUGACUGCCGAAAGGAUUCCUUCAUUCCAGGUGUUACUCUGUGGAACAAGAAAUCAAUGAAUGACAAUUUGGACACCCAUCCUCAGCCCAGGACUGAUUUGAAGUUCAGCGGCUCUGAUUCUUUAUCUGAUAAGUGCAAUUUAAUGGAUAUAAGUGCUUCUCUGAAAGCUAGCUUCUUUGGGGGGCUGGUGGAGGUGGGAGGAUCCGCCAAAUACCUGCAUGACACCAAAACCUCAAACCAACAGUCAAGAGUAACAAUGUAUUACAGUGAAACAACCAGAUUUGACCAGCUCAUCAUCAGUCAGCUGCAGGAUUUCUCCUACCCUCAAGUGUUUAAGCAGAAAACUGCAACUCAUGUGAUCACGGCUGUACUGUACGGAGCCCAGGCAUUCAUGGUGUUUGACAGGACAUUAUCAUCGAAUGAGAAUAUCCAGGAUAUUGAGGGAGAAUUAAAUGUAAUGAUCAAAAAGAUCCCUUCAUUUUCUAUUGAGGGAAAAGGAUCUGUACAAAUGACAGAUAAUGACAAGAAAACAGCUGAAAAUAUAUCCUGCACUUUUCAUGGUGACUUCCAUCUUGAGCAAAACCCCACCUCAUACAUGGAGGCCCUGGAUAUAUACCAGAAGCUGCCCACACUGCUGAAGGAGAAUCCCCAGAAUGCAAUUCCAAUAAAAGUCUGGCUAUAUCCUCUUCAUUUACUAAAUGAUAAUGUAGCCAAGCUGAUGAGAGAAAUCAGCUCAGGUCUAGUUUCCAAAACUGUAGAUAUAAUUGAAAAGCUGAAUGAAGUCAACAGGGUUUCCAGUGACCUGUCCAAAAAUACACUGACAGGUCAUUUCAGUAACAUCCAAGAGAGACUUAGCUCGUUUCAGGAAUCAGUUGGCAUCUACAAGAUGGUGUUCCAGAAAGCUGUGGCCAGGGUCUUGCCUGAUAUUCGAGGGGGGGUAAAGGAGGAGGGAUCCCUUGCAGAUAUCCUGAAGAUCCACCAUGACUCCCCUUUUAAUGCAGGGAUGCUAAACCAGUGGUUAAAAGAUGCAAAAUCUGAACUUCACCUCCUGAGUUCUUAUAUGGAGAUGCUUGGUGGGAUCAAACUUGAAGAUUCAGACGGUCUCAGCACCAUCCUUCUUGAUCCUGAUAUUGAUGUUGUGGUGUGCUUGACCAUCACAUCUUUGAGCUAUGAAGACCCUGAUCUCAAAAAACAGGAGGAGUUUCUGAAAUCGGACCAGUUUAAGAAGCUAGAUGGAGCAAACGGCCAUGAAACAGAUGUGGAACCUGUCAGAAAGUGGUUUAACAAUCCUGAUGCCAUCAGACAGAUGAGAGAGAGCUUAACUCAAUUCAGGAGUUUUUCACUGGCUAAUAAAGAUGAUAAGAGAAUCUGCUUCAUUGUUUCUGCUAUCUCAGAUAGCUCCAAUCCAGUCACUUCCAUUUAUCUGUAUGAAAAAGGAGAUCUGAAAAACACAAAGUUUCAGUUGCCAUCCAAACCACCACCACCAAUAGUGAAGGAUGUCCAGGACGAAACCGUGUCCCUGAAACUGCAGAAGCCUUCGACUGGAAAAAGAGUGAAGUACAGAGUCGAGUACAAGGAGUCAAGCGCUGAUUCUGCUGCUGAAGAAAAUUGGCUUGUCAUAAACACACCUGAUGAAGACUUUAUUCUGACUGGAUUGGAGGCUGGAAAGUUGUACUUGAUCCGCUACAGGACAGUGAGUGAAGUGGGAGUGAGUGAAGUCAGUGAUAUCAUCAGCACAGAAAAAUCUUCAGCUAAUUCUAAGCCUAUUGGUGGGAAAGACGGAGCAGAGUUCAACUUUAUAACAUCUUCUCACAGCAUUUCCUUGAAGGAAAUCAGCAUCACUUACACUGAGACGUCUCUGAACUCCAUCCAAGUGACUUUCAGCUGUGGCAACAGGAUGCAAACUGGAAACGUGAACGGACCAAAUGAAAUAGGCUAUACAUUUGACGACAGUAAAAAAAUUGUUGCUGCAACAUUGUGGCCGAAUAAAGAUCAAAACAAACUUGGGGGUUUGGAACUUGAGUUUGAUAAAGGGCAAAAGUUUUCUUGUAAAUGCGACCAACUGGGUGACGCUGUGAGUGUGGAUGUGAAGUCAGGAAUCUGUUAUGGCAUUACAGGCCGAAGUGAUGGCAGUGAAAUUAUUGCUCUGGGUCUCUACUUCAUUUAGAUCCACCUAUAAAUCUACUACACACGUCUACUUUAAUCAAUCGUUAGAUUUAAUUUCCAAAUAUUACUCGGUAUGUAAUCAUUAGGGCUGUCAAAAUGUUUCUUACACACCACGAUGCAGAAACGGAUGCAGGAUUGUUAUUUACUGUGUAUUUUCUCUAAAUUGUACUUGAAGUUGUUUGAUAAAUUAAAGAAGUGUGUUUUAUUUGAGCGGGUCAAAUCAAAGGUACAAUCCCGAUAUCUAACAGCUCGCAUGGUGUUGUGAAGUAAAAUUAAAAUUUGUGUAUGGAAAGCAUUAACGCAUUGUGAUUCAACGUGAUGUCUAACUGAACCAAAUCGAUGACAUGAUAAUCGUAACCGAACCAGAGUAGGUUCACACCCCUAGUCAUCAUGAAAAAAUUAAAAAUAACAAGCGUCAAAUUAAACAUAUAAUCAAAUGCGUGAGUCGAUCAGUAAAUUGCUGGUUGUAUUUAGGGACAUACAGGGUCUGUUUUCUUCUUUAAUCUGUCCUUUGUACCUUGGGGAAGGUUGUAAAAAUGUCUGAACUUGUGCGUUGAGAAUAAA